GUCUUCCUCAUCACGGAGGCUUUGGCCGUCCUGGCUUUCACCCUGGCUUUGGCUGGGGCCGCCCUGGCUGGGGCCGGCCUAACCGCUGGGGCAGGCCUAACCGAUGGGGUCGGGGCUGGGGCAGGCCUCGCGGGCGCUGGGGUCGGCCUGGCCGUGGUUGGGGGCGCGGCGGUCGUCGCUGGCGCUGA